AUGUCUGGAGGUGGAAUGGAUCUCAAUUUCGCAAAGUGUGACCAGAAAAUCUCCAGCAUUUUGUGGGUCGGGUUUCCAGGCCAAGAAGGUGGAGGUGCUUUAGCUGAUGUCAUUUUCGGUGGUUUUAACCCAAGUGGAAGACUACCCAUGACUUGGUUUCCACGAUCUUAUGUAGACAUUGUUCCCAUGACCAACAACAAGAUGAGACCAGACCCAGCUUCGGGCCAACCAGGCCAAACCUACCGGUUCUAUAAAGGGGAAACCGUGUAUCAAUUUGGGUAUGGAUUAAGCUAUUCUGCAUACGUUUAUCGACUCAUCAAAGCACCUAGUAUCAUGAAGAUCCCUCUAAACCAAGCUCACUCUUGUCGGUCAUCAUCUACCUGUGAUGCAAUCGACGCAGGAGAUAGUGUUUGCAAGGGCUUACAAUUUAAUAUUGAUGUCAUGGUAACAAACGACGGAAAAUUGACUGGAAGUCAUUCGGUGUUGCUAUUCUCUUCUCCUCCGGCUGUCUUUAAUGCACCUCAGAAGGAGUUAGUGGAUUUCAAGAAGGUUUGGUUGGCGCCAUGGCAGCGAACUGUCCUUAGCUUCAGGGUGAAUGUUUGCAAGCAGUUGAGUUUGGCUGAUGAAGAAGGUAAGAGGAAGGUUGCCUUGGGUCGCUAUCUUCUUCAAAUUGGUGACAUCAAACACCACAUAACUCUCACGGUUUGAUGUGGGUGUUUUAGCCAUUUAUGCAUGGUUAGAUUUGAGUUGCAGGGUUUAGGGCUGAUCAUAAUUGUAGUUUCAGGAGAUG